CCAAGUAGGCAUUGUGCUCUAUCAAACGCGUCGAAAUUAAAAACAUUUAGGCCCAUUCAAUCGACAACAACAAAAUUUGAGGAAACAUGUGCAUGAGCUGCUGCUACGCGCCACGCUGCUGCAACAAGCAGACGCUGGAGAAGUUGAGCUGUGCGGAUGACUAUCUGUGGUUCCAGCGCUGCUCGCAUCGCGACUGCGGCGUCUGCCAGACCCGCGAGCAGCACGAGUGCGAGUGCGACUGUCGACGCAAUCGUCACAUCGUCGAGGCGCUCAGCUGCCUCUUCCGCUGCAGCGUGCCGUUUAUGCUGUCCACGCUCUUCAGGCUGGCGCAUCAGCGGGAGUGUCCGCUGCGGCGAUUCACACGCGACCACAACUGGGAUGUGAUGCAGCAUGUGCUGGCGCCCUACACGGAGCUGAACGACCUGGAGAUAUACGACAGCAUGUACGAUCGCUGUGGGCAGCCCAUUGACCCGCUGGACUGCAACAAUACACUGAAGGUUGUGCGUCUGAUAUUCCUGAACGAGGUGAUCACCUUGGAUCAGCGCGCCUACCUGAUGCGCAUGCUGGAACGCUUGCGUGACCAUGCGCACUGCCCUGUCAAUCUGCAGCUGCUGCUGGAGGCCCUGGCCGGCGUGGACUUGAAGCAGUUGGUCUGCAGCAUUCACAACCAGGAGCAGCUCGCACGCAACUUCUACAAUGCGCGCCAGUGUGCGCAGAUCUGCCGGCUCUAUCGCCAGGUGACCACCAUUGACAAGAUGAAGAUCCACAGGCUGCGCCAGCGCCAUCGCCAGCACAAGUACAAGGCGCGCAAGCUGAGCCAUGCGCCCACCGAGGAUGUCGUCUCGGCGCGUCAGACGCUGUUGAAUCAACAGUUUUGCAUGCGGAGGACCGAACAGAGCACGCCGGUGCCCGGCAAGACGUCCAAGCAGUACUCCAACAAUCCCUCGCGUCGCAAUAGCUCCAAGACAUCAAGUAAAUCGCAAAAGUCGCGCCGCAGCUCCUCGCAGCAGCAGCAGCAACAGCACCAGGCUGAGUUGGCGCGGCUACGCGAGCGCAUUGAGGCGGGCAGUGCAUAACGUAACGUAACGCCCACACUAGAGAUUACGUAGUACUGAGGCCCUCCUCUAUGUCGCCUACAAAUUGAGCACAGUACAAGAUUUUGUUGUUGUUCGAUUCAAAAUUUUGUUCUGCAAGCGGCUUUAAUUAAUCAAUAAAUCAAAUUAAUA